AUGCAAUCGCACCCGCGCUGUCUCGUGCCCAACACCCCACAAACCCAAAGUCAAGAGUCGCUAUAUUCCCAUCGAGAACCAGACCCGGAACUCCAAGCCAGCGGCUUCCAUCUCAUUUACAGGUCUCCCACACCUGUCGUAAACCCAGUGGAAUCAUGCAUCCCCUUCCGGCCCGCCUCGAGCCGGCUAGUCGAUACACUGUACGAAGCGGUGAACUUCUUCGCAAAGAUCCUCAGCACCUUCGGAGAAGAAACCACAGCCAUCCGGUCGUAUGCCUCGCCAGCUGUGCUAAACGAGCUCUGGAAAUGCAAACUCGAUGCGUCGGAGGAGAUCGAUGUCAUCCCCGCUCUGAAGCCGCAGAGGUCGGGAUGGGCGCUUCCUCAGCAGUAUGUCUCCCGCUGGCGGAAGAAGAAGAAGAAGAAGAAGCGCAAGGGCAAGGAGCAGGAGCAGAGCGCCAACCAGAAGAACGCCUCCCACACACAGCUGGACCGUGCUGCGCGUGUCGGAUAUCGGGAUUAUGCCAGGCGGGUGAAGCAUGAUCUGUGGCAAGUUUACUAUGCCCGCUGGCCGUCGCAGGACGGGGAGAGCAGCACUGGGAGUGGAUGUCCGGGGUUGGGUGGGGAUUUGAAUCGAUUGGAGCAUCUGCACAGGAGAUUUGAAGCACUGUAUGAUGGAUUGGACAAGCUCUGCAGCCAGAUGCAUAACAUCAAGUCGUGCCAGAAAUUUAUCGAUCAGGCCCAGCUGCUCCUGAUCUGUAUGCAUGAUAUCGAAGACUGGUGGCAGCCGACAGACAAGAGAGGCGCGUUUGUGAGGAAACUCACCGGCCGAAGAUAG